GUAAAUUACAUAGUGGGUCUUUGACCAAAACAACCCCAAAUAAGGACAAUAGCACAGCCCAAUAGGCAAACAAUUUAAAACCCAUAAGCAACAAUAACCGCAAUUAACGGUUGAUUAAUCGUUAAUGGUGGAAAAGCUCCAACCUGGUGAGUCCAAUAGCAGUGAUCCGGCGGCAUGGCCUGCGAGGUUCAGUCUGGUGGUCUUGGAGGAGGACGACAACAUGAAGGUGAGAGAUUCCAUUCACAAAGAAUUCUUUUUAAUGCUUGGCACUCCUGAAAACAACCCAAUCUUAGUAUGGAGGUGAUGGUGGAGCAGAUGCAGCAAGGAGGGGGACCAUGGAAAAGAAGCAAGCACUUGACAUGAACAGAGGAGGAGGAGAAAGUAGCUAUUCUCAAAACUCUAAAUUUCAGCAAAAAAGGUCUUCCAUAACCAAACCCAUAUUAGAGAAUUCAGUUCAAUCUCUGAUCUCAAAAGGAUUCCACCUACACAAGCUUCUCAACGUGGUCGAUUUGGGUUGUUCUACUGGUCCUAACACAUUCUCUGUGAUCCAGACAGUAAAAGAAACUGUGGAAAAGAAAUGCAAGGAAUUGAAUUGCCAAACGCCGGAAAUUCAGUUUUACUUGAAUGAUCUUCCUGGUAAUGACUUUAAUUCUCUGUUUAAGGGAUUGUCUGGAUUCUGUGACCAAACACAGGGUGAAUCAUUCUAUGCUGCUGGAGUUCCUGGUUCUUUCCAUGGCCGGCUUUUUCCUCGAAACACCUUACAUUUUGUUCAUUCCUCUUGCAGUCUCCACUUUCUUUCUCAGGUGCCCAAAGGACUCACAAGCAAUGAAGGCUUGCCAUUAAACAAGGGGAAGGUAUACAUAUCCACGACAAGUCCUCCUGUUGUAAGAGAAGCUUACCUUACUCAGUUCCAAGAAGAUUUCACCUUGUUUCUCAAGUCUCGCUCGGAGGAGUUGGUUCCUGAUGGUUGUAUUUUCUUCACAAUUCGCGGUUCUGCAGAUCCCACAAGUAAGGACUGCUGCUGGCAAUGGGAGCUCUUCGCUGAGGCCAUUGCGGAACUGGUUUCAGAGGGAUUGGUUGAGGAAGGGAAAUUAGAUUCCUUCAAUCUAGCAUACUAUUUACCAUCACCAGAGGAGGUGCAAGAUAUAGUGGAGAAGGAGGGAUCAUUUGCAAUCGAGCAUUUGGAGACUUUUUCAUUUGAAAUAGGGGACAAACAAGAAAAGGAUACAUGGAGUCAGGGGGAAAAGUUUGCCAAUAGUAUGAGGUUCUACACAGAAUCAUUGAUCUCACACCAUUUCGGAGAGGAAAUAGUUGAUAAAUUGUUUCAGAAAACUACUCGUCUAUUAGUCGAGGAAUUGGCCAAAGAAACCAUCAUCGCUGGAAGCAUUCUUGUAGUGCUUAGCAGGAUCCUGGGGUAGCUUAGUGUUUUAAAAUGAACUCUCAAAUACUGUAAAAUUUAGUACUCCAGAAAUUGAUCCACAGAGAACUCAAAUAUGUUUGCAUUUAGUUGAUAGCAAAAUUGUGAUACUCUACGCCAAUCCAUACUUGAAUCCCAUAAAAUCUUCCGGCAUACCUAGUUAUUAAUGGUUUUAUUAUUUUUAGUAUUAUUAUUUAA